CAACGACUGCUUAGGAGUGAAUAUCUUGUCCUCUUAUGCGUAAAAAUAACAGAAAAUGUAUCGUCACCGCUUUAAAAUAGUGUGUUUCUGUGUAUUGAUAAGUACGGUAUUUUCUUAUGAACUACGAAGUAGCACGCCUGGACGUAACCAAUACAACCAAGAAACUCCAGAUUCUAGCGGUGCAAAUACCAAUGGAGGGUCAUUUAUCAGUUAUCCUAAAGAGACAUCAAAUUCUCCAUACAAUCCAUCGCGCACGGGUGUAUCCCCAUAUUAUGGAACAUGGAAUACAGCAAGCCGUGGUCAACCAACCGGUCAUCAACAAACCCAAACCCAAAUGGACCCCAACUCUCCUCAACAGGCAAUAAAUCCUCAAGACGCACAAGGUUACACACUCCUUGUAAAGCCAUUUGGUGGUGGUGCUAAAACUACUACCCGAUUCAACUAUGUUUGUUCCAUUGAAACUUGGAACUACGAUUGUCAGUUUAAAGAUGUCAUACUAAAGCUACCGCAGCACAGCGUUACCUUUGGUCCGGUACCCAACAGCAAGCAAAAGCUGGCCUUCCAGAAUUCCACCUUAGAAUACCUGCCUAAAAGUUUAAUAGAUGCAUUUCCACGUAUGCAGGUGUUGAAUCUCGAAGGUUUACAAAUUAGAGAAAUCGAUUCAAAUACAUUUCAAACCGCCUCUGAACUUUUGGAACUCUACAUGCAAAAUAACCAGCUUAAAGAAAUUAAGUCGAAUACAUUCAGUGGAGCUAGGAAGCUUGAGCUGCUGGAUCUAUCAUACAAUGCCAUCGAAUCGAAUCGAAUUGCGCCCAACUUUCUUUUCGCAGUGCCAAAUCUUCAACAGUUCAAAAUCAACUCAAAUCGAAUCUCACAACUGCCAUUAAGCCAGCAAAAUUAUAACCUACAAUAUAUCACUGCAAGCGAAAAUUCUAUAACUCACAUAGAAGCAGACCAAUUUAGAAACAAUUACCAACUUAGUGAACUGGACUUCUCAUACAACAGGCUUGAGUAUUUUGAUUUACAGCAGCUCGAUGAUAAGCAAAACCUUUUACUAAUCAACGUAAACCACAACUAUCUCAGGGCGUUCCACAUUCCACAAUAUGUAAAAACGCUUUUUGCGUGA